AUGAAGCCCGACAGCACCUACAAGCAGCUGGACCCACUGGAGGACCGUGAGGCACAGCCCACCUGCGUCCCACCAAAGUGCUUCCGUGGUGCAUUGCUCUCUGCCGUCCUCCUCACCUUCUUCAUCCUCAUCUUCCUCCUCUUCUUCAAUCUCCGGCUGAGCUCAGCCCUCUGUGGUGAUGCUGGCGGCGAUGCCGGAUCCUGUGGUGACACGUGCCGCAUUGUCCUGGUAGAGAGCAUCCCAGAGGGAAUGACCUUCAGUGACAGUUCCGUGCCGAAUCCAUCCACCUUUUUCACGUGGAUGCACCUCUUGGGCACCGUCACCCACAGCCUGGAUAUCGCCUCCUUCUACUGGACCAUGACCAAUGAGGACACACGGACACAUGAACCCUCUGCCACUCAGGGUGAACAAAUCCUGGAGGAACUCCUCCAGUUAUCCCAGCGUGGCAUCACUAUCCGAAUCGCCGUCAGCCGCCCAUCGUCAAAAUCGCCCCUGAAUGAUCUCCAAGCGCUGGAGCAGAGUGGUGCUGCGGUGCGCACCGUCGAUAUGCCGCAACUCACUGGCGGUGUGCUGCACACCAAGUUUUGGCUCGUUGAUGGCACCCACCUCUACGUUGGGAGCGCCAACAUGGACUGGAGGUCUUUGACCCAGGUGAAAGAGCUCGGUGCCGCUGUUUACAACUGCAGCUGCUUGGCCAAAGAUUUAGACAAAAAUUUUGAAGCUUAUUGGGAACCUGGUGCUUCCAUCCCGGUACCAUGGCCAGCAAAUUAUUCCACCACCUUCAACAUGGAGACGCCAUUAGAGUUGAAGUUCAAUGACACUGCUGCCGCCGUCUACUUUUCGAGCUCCCCACCGGCGCUCUGUGCUGCUGGUCGGACCCAGGAUCUUGGCGCCCUCCUCAGUGUCAUCGAUGACGCCAAGGAGUUCGUGUACAUCGCGGUGAUGAGCUACCUACCCACCACUGAGUUUUCCCACCCCCAAAGAUUUUGGCCGGCAAUCGAUAACUGGCUGCGGAAAGCCAUCUUUGAACGCCGGGUCAAGGUUCGGUUGUUGGUGGGUUGUUGGCGGCACAGCAAAGUGACCAUGUUCCCCUUCCUCAAAUCCCUUGCUGCUGUUGCCGAUAAUCGGACCCACUACAGUAUGCAGGUGCGUCUUUUCAUGGUGCCAACGAGUGCAGCGCAAGCGCAGAUCCCCUACGCCCGGGUGAACCACAACAAGUACAUGGUGACAGAGAAGGUGGCGUAUAUCGGGACAUCCAACUGGUCUGGUGACUACUUCACGCGGACAGCGGGAUUGGCACUGGUGGUGAACCAAACGGUGAGCCAAACUGGUGCUGGCAUCGCUGCCGGUUCUGCUGCUGGCACCAGCACCAUCCGGGAGCAGCUGCAGGCAGUUUUUGAGCGGGAUUGGAGUUCCCAGUACAGCGCUGACAUCGGUGAUGCCGAGCGGUGGGAGAGCUUCUGCGGCUCCCGUUAG